CUUUGUGGCAAAAGCCCACCCUCCCACUCCACAAGCCUUUCAUAAAAAUCUCUCUUCCUCCUCCUUCUGCGAAGAAUUUCCAUGGCGUCACCAACACUCCUAACCCCCACCUCCAAACCAACACCUCUCUCUACCACCACCUCCAAAGCCUUCAUUGUCUCCACAGUCAGUCCUCCACCCCCACCACAACACCACCAACAACCUCUUCGCCGCCACUUCUUGUCGUUAGCCACUAUUAUCCUCACUCCACCAUUGCUAUCACCGGUGGCUCCAGCCCAUGCUGCAUCUGAUGAAGAGUACGUGAAGGAUACCGAAGUAGUUAUCAACAAGGUCAGAACCACCGUAAAUAUGGACAGAAACGAUCCUAAUGUGGCAGAGGCGGUGGCUGACCUGAGAGAGACAUCAAAUUCUUGGGUGGCGAAGUAUAGAAGAGAGAAAUCUUUACUGGGGCGAGCUUCUUUCCGGGAUAUGUACUCCGCGCUGAAUGCCGUUUCAGGGCAUUAUAUUAGCUUUGGACCGACAGCUCCGAUCCCAGCAAAGCGGAAGGCAAGGAUUCUUGAAGAAAUGGACACUGCUGAGAAGGCAUUGCUGAGAGGAAGAUGAAUUAAUUUCUUUUUUUCUUUUAUUCCUUUUUCCAGAUUGUUAAUUUUAAUUAACCAUUCCAAUUUUAGUUUUGCUGUUGAGUUUGAGUUUACAUAAUUAAUGAAUUGAGGUUCAUUUUUAAUAAAAUAUUGAGAAUUAUGUUA